UUUGACAGCAGACUGCUCAUAGUUGAUUUUGAUAAUGGUGAAAUUAAGUGUACUUGUCGCAAGUGGGAGUCAAGUGGUUUGUUGUGUAAGCAUCAAUUGAGGGGAUAUGAUUUGUUGUGGUCUACAACUUGCAAUGUGAAGUUUCAUCACAUCCCUUCUAGUUUGAUUUUGAAGCGAUGGACAAGGACAACAAAAACUGGUGGGAAUUUUGGAUUUGCAGUUUCGUCUACUGAGGCUCCGUCAAAGUAUCGGUCUCGCCUGUUCAAUAUUUCAGCUGUUUCUGCUUCGCUUAUCAGUAGGGUUUGUUUGAAUGAUGAUUUGUAUAAAACAACCAUGGAUUUCAUGAGUGAUUUGAUCAAGAAGUGUGAAGCUUUACCAACUGUUGAAACAGCUGGUACGGGUGGAUCGACCAACUGUGAGAGUGAUGUUCCAGUUCGAAAUGUGAAGGGGUUUAAGCCUAAGAAG